CUGCCUUCCAUUUAUGACUACAGCUGUUACAGAGAGAGGGGAAAAACCAUAUAGAGCUGGCAUUUCAGGCCCAGUUUCUAUUGCUGACUGACAACGCUCUUCUAUGAUAGACAUCAAGACAGCCACUGGUGAAAAAGAGUGAAGUCAGUCUCAGGCUCAGAGUGAAUCAUGCCUGCGGUGUGGACAGUGCUGCUGCUUUGUGCGUGGGUUUGUGUGUGUGUUCCUGCAAAGAGUCAUGGAGCACUUGUCAUUUCGAGAGACCAUGAGCAACAGGACAGUAUUGACAGUGGCCCCAGACUCUUAAAGAAACGAAGUGCAAAUGAUGACAAGAUUGAAGUAGUCAGCAUGAAGGUCAACUGUAAAGUGGCAUCACGUUUUGCCCAUACAAUUGUGACUACUGUGGCUCUGAACAAGGCUAACAUGUCUAAGGAAGCAUUUUUUGACAUGGAGUUACCCAAGACUGCCUUCAUCACCAACUUCACCAUGGAGAUUGAAGGUCGGGUUUACGUGGGUGAGGUAAAGGAGAAAGAAAAAGCUAAGAAGCAGUAUGAGAAAGCUGUAUCCACAGGGCAGACUGCUGGCCUGGUAAAGGCUUCAGGGAGGAAGAUGGAGAAGUUCUCCGUGUCAGUCAACGUUGCUGCCAACAGUCAUGUCACAUUUGUACUUACUUAUGAGGAGCUGCUCCAGCGACGUCUUGGCAACUACGAGAUGAUGAUCCGUGUUAAACCCAAAGAGUUGGUUCAGCACUUUGAGAUUGUUGCAGAUGUCUAUGAACCACAGGGUAUUACUUUCCUGGAUGUCAAUGCCACAUUUAUCACAAAUGAACUGCUUCCUCUGGUACAGAAAACUGUCACUGAUAAAAAGGCACACGUGUCCUUCUGCCCAACACUGGAGCAGCAGAAAACAUGUCCUGACUGUGCCAACACACUGAUUGAUGGUGAUUUCUUCAUCAAAUAUGAUGUGAACCGUGCAGAGCGUCUUGGUGAUGUUCAGAUAGUAAAUGGGUACUUUGUACACUUUUUUGCCCCAGCUGAUUUGCCAAGAAUUCCCAAAGAUAUUGUGUUCGUGGUAGAUGUCAGUACAUCCAUGAGGGGAACCAAAAUACAGCAGACCCGAGACGCACUAGAGACCAUUCUAAAUGACUUGCAUGAGGAAGACUACUUUACGGUAGUUUUGUUUGACUCCUCCAUAGAGAAAUGGUCAACGGUGCUGCAAAAAGCCACAGCAGAAAAUGUGCAAAAGGCACAGAGCUUUGUCAAACAGAUUUAUUCCAGAGGAGCCACUAAUAUAAAUGAAGCCGUCCUGACUGCUGUGGAGAUUCUAAAUAAUUAUGAGAAAGACGAUUCUGACCUCAAGAAGAGCACAUCCAUAGUGCUCCUGCUUACAGAUGGAGAUCCCACCGUUGGUGAGACAAAUAAACAAAGGAUCCAGGAAAAUGUGCGCAAAGCUAUUAAUGGGACCAUGACUUUGUUCUGCCUUGGGUUUGGCUAUGACCUUGACUAUGGUUUCUUGGAUGUGAUGGCCAGGCAGAAUGAUGGUCUGGCCAGAAGAAUCUACGAGGCUUCAGAUGCUGCUCUUCAGCUACAGGGUUUCUAUGAUGAAGUGGCUAACCCGCUGUUGUUGGAUGUGAACAUGCGUUACCCGGAGAACAUGGUGAAUUCAUUAACUGACAGCCACUUUAAGCAGCUCUUCGGCGGCUCUGAAAUCGUGGUUGCUGGGCGUCUGAAUGAAAUAGAGUUGGACAACUUUCUGGUUGAAGUGUCUGCACAGGGGGUGGACCAGGAGUUUGCUGUCCAGAGCCAGACCAGUGCUUUGGACUGGGAUACCAUCUAUCCUGACGAAGAGUACAUCUUUGGGGACUUCACUGAGCGUCUGUGGGCAUACCUGACAAUACAGCAGCUCUUGAAAAAGAAAGACAUAGGUACACCUGAGGAGAGGGAGAAUGUUACUGCUGAGGCCUUGGACCUCUCCCUACGUUACAGCUUUGUCACCCCACUCACAUCCAUGGUUGUCACUAAACCACAGGGAGAUGAUCCAAAAGACGACACACUCAUUGCAGACAAACUAACUGAGGAACAGAGGAAGCCUUCAAGAGGAUACUCUGCUCCUCCUCCUCAGUGGACCAGCCAUUCCUAUUCUCGACCCACGUAUUUUGUGGAUGGAGAUCCGCACUUCAUCAUUGAGCUGCCAAAACAGAAUGAUGCUCUCUGCUUCAAUGUUGAUGAAGCACCAGGGACCAUCUUCAACCUAGUGAAAGACCCAAAGUCAGGGAUUUUGGUGAAUGGGCAAACCAUUGGAGAUAAGAAGGUGGAUCCAGACAGCAAGGUGAACACCUAUUUUGGACGUUUUGGGAUUAUUCACGAAAAGCUGGGUGUCAAACUGAUGGUGAGCACAAAGGAGAUUAUCAUAUCUGAAAGUGGCAAAGAGAUAAAGCUCGUCUGGUCUGACACUGCCUCCAUCAAAGGACUAAAUAUGGAUGUGCAGCUCACUAAGGACCAGACUCUGACAGUGACCCUUAGGAACUCUGUGAAGUUUGUCAUCAUCCUCCACAAAGUGUGGGAAAAACAUCCGUACCAUCAGGACUUCCUGGGCUUCUACACCCUGGACAGCCACCUCCUCUCCCCCUCUGUUCAUGGCCUGCUUGGACAGUUUUACCAUGGUGUGAAGUUUGAGGUGAGUGAUUUAUACGAAGGGCAGGAUCCAGACAAACCAGAUGCCACCAUGUUUGUGAAAGGACAUGAGCUCAGAGUCACCAGGGGCUGGCAGCGAGACUUCAGACAUGAUAUAAAGAAUGGAGAGAAUGUUCCUUGCUGGUUCAUUCAUCACAAUGGCACAGGGAUCAUCGAUGGAACCCAUUCAGACUACAUUGUAUCUGGGCUCUUUAAGACCAUUUGAGUAAUAGCAUCUACUAUGCUGUUGUCAUGCAUUCUGCCUCUGUUCAAAUUAAAAUACUUGACCUUUAAAAAUGAAAUUGCAAUAUUUUUUAAAUUUUCAUAUGAUAAAAUCAACUGAAUUUUGGCUACCUACGGUCUAAUCAAAUUCACAGAACUAAACUUUUUGUAACAAUAAGCGUCAAAUAAAUGUUCAAGCCAUUUAUCCUUA